CCCUCCGGCCGCACGGCGCCCAGUUCCUGUGCGUGCCCUCGGCCUCCCGACAUGUCGCUGGUGGCCGAGGCCUUCGUGACUCAGCUGGCCGCCGCAGAGCCUUGGCCUGAAAAUGCUGCGUUGUACCAGCAACUGAAGGAGGAACAAAUUUUGCUUUCUGACAAUGCAUCUUCCCUUGCUGUUCAGGCCUUUCUGCAAAUGUGCAAUCUGCCAAUCCGGGUGAUUUGCAGGGCAAAUGCCGAGUACAUGUCCCCAUCUGGGAAAGUACCCUUUAUUCAUGUGGGAAAUCAAGUGGUAUCUGAACUUGGGCCCAUAGUCCAGUUUGUAAAAGCCAAGGGCCAUUCUCUCAGUGAUGGAUUGGAUGAAGUCCAAAAAGCUGAGAUGAAAGCCUACAUGGAAUUGGUCAAUAAUAUGCUCUUGACAGCAGAGCUCUAUCUCCAGUGGUGUGAUGAUGUUACAGUAGAGGAGAUUACUCACCCAAGGUAUGGCUCUCCUUAUCCGUGGCCUCUUAACCGCAUUUUGUCCUAUCAGAAGCAGUGGGAGGUUAGGCGAAAGAUGAAAGCCAUCGGAUGGGCUGGAAAGACACUAGAACAGGUGCUUGAAGAUGUAGAUCAGUGCUGUCAGGCUCUCUCCCAGAGAUUAGGAACACAACCAUAUUUCUUCAAUAAACAACCAACUGAAUUAGAUGCUCUGGUGUUUGGACAUCUGUUCACAAUCCUUACUACUCAGCUAAUCACUGAUGAACUCUCUGAAAAAGUGAAGAACUACAGUAAUCUUACAGCGUUUUGUCGGCGAAUAGAGCAGCAGUACUUUGAGGGUCAUGACAAAGACAGCUGUACAGUUUCAGCCCAGUCUUCCAAGAGAUCAUCCUUGCUCAAAUAAGCAUGGUGCUUAGGGUGGAUCACAUUUCAGUUUUGGGUUUAUCUUCGUUAAAUAAAUUGAUUUUGGGAAUGGAAUGGCAUUUUGAAGCUGCCAAAUUGUUCUGGAGUGAGAAAAAAAUGUUAGCUACAGUAUUUGUGUUGUAGAAUAUUAUGUACACAUUUAAGUUGAAAUGUCUGUACGAAUGUUUCUGUUUUAUUAGCCUGUAUACCACUUACUGUAAAGUGACCUUGGAAAAAUAUUGUAUCUAUUUAAAAAAAAAUAAAACACUGAAGUUGAUCUCUGA